CAACAUCUAAUAUAACACAUAUAUAAUAUAUAAAUCCACGACUAAUAAUGUCAAAUCAACUAUUUAUAGAGGAAGAUGAAGAUACAAAUAUAGUGGCAGAUCCAGAAAUAAAUAUUUCACCAGAUCAUGAAGAAGAUCCAAUUAUAGAAUCAAUUCCUAUAGUACUAAAUGAUAUAUCAUCAGAUCAAAAUAAUAAAUUUCAAGUUAUACAAUAUCCUGGACGUCAAAAAAAUAGACCAUUACAAGGAAACUUUUAUAAGGCUAGUGUUAAGACAGUUACGAAUUUUCUUGAAGUAAAAAUGCCAUUAGAUACAACUAAAUUCUUUAAUGGACAUAAAAUAGAUGAUUGGGGUGAAGAUAUUGGUGAACAAACAUUAAAUGGAGUACUUAAUAAAACUGAAGGUGGAUUAUAUGCUGCCAAAAUAAUUAAACAAGAUGGUCAUAAGAAAAUAGUAUUGGUACCUAUUGAUAGUACUGCUCAAUUAAGAGCUUCAUUUAAAUAUAUUGAUGAUGUAGAUGCAAAUAAUCAAGCACAAAGAAAAGCUGAAGCAACAGACACAACUAAAAGUACAAAUAUUCAAAUUCUUCAAACUGCUUCAAAAUCAGGAGCUCAAAUCACUCAUGGUGACGGGUUUGGUAAUGCCUUGGGAGAAUCUUUAAAGCAUAUAAAGAAAUUCGAAGAAGAAGAAUGGGCAGGUUUGAAAUGGGAAUCUGCUGAUGGAACAAUGGCUACCAGUAUUCGACAAGAAGCGUUUUUAAAUGCUCCUGAUUCAGAAUUAAUAACUGAAUCAGAUUUAAUGAGUUAUGUAGAUGACUUAACUAGAUCAUAAUUUAUGUAUAAUAUAAUAUAAUAUAACUAUUCUAUUAAAAUUCACGUGAGAGCAUCAUGCGGCUCACAAAAAAUUAUAUAAUACAAGUACUGUAAAUAUAUUUUCAUCUCCAUAUUAUACAAACUAUUAUUAUAGAAAGUUAGU